AUGGAUCCUCCAGGAGAAUGCGUCCGAGGAGCCUGCCCCGUCUGGGAGAACCCUCUGUCUUAUCGAUCAUCACCCGCCGGCAAUGCCUUCAUGAUGGCUGCAUUUGCUGCUUUGAUACCCCCUAACCUCUACUCAUUAUUUCGCUACAGGACCUCUUUAUACACCUCCUUGAUCACGGCCGCGCUUGUUUUCCGUUUGGUCGGCCAUGUAGCCAAGUUCAUGCUGGGCAACAUUCCGGUUAGCCACGCCUAUCCUGCCCUAUACAUGUUGGGCACGCAUUGGAGCGUCACACUGCUCGCCUCAGCCAUUUUCCUGUCGCUGCCGCAUGUUAUGGUCAUCUAUGGGCACGACUUUCAACUGGUCUCGAACCCAUUUUAUGUCAACCUGCUCUUCUUGGUGCUCGACAUUUUCACCCUGGUUUUCCAAUCGGCUGGAAUAGGCCUUGCUUCCAGAGCUGACAAUGUUGUUGAACUUGAGCGAGGAAUGAGGAUUCUCCUGACGGGACUUGCGUUCCAAGCCGCCGGUCUUGCUGCAUUCUUGGGAGCAUACCGCUACUUUCAGAGGAAGCUCUCCCAUCGCCGCUACAUCCUCGAUAACAGAUUCUUCGCCGUGUAUUCAUCGCGGCGGUUCCGAUACUACAUGAUCAAUGUCCAGGUUGUGGCGGCGCUCCUUCUCCUCCGAACAGCAAUCCGCAUUGCGGCCUUUGCCAGCGUCACGACCCCCCUAGCCACGUCGCAGCUAACUUCCUUCCUACUCGAUGACGCCCUCGUUCUCGUGGCCGCCAUCAUUCUAACAGUCCUCCCGGUUGGCCGCGUUUUUGGCAUUACCGUUUGGCGGGCAACAUCUCCCCUGACCUCAUCCAGACGCCGGCCAAAUAGCACUACUACCACUGCUGCUGGCAGUGAACUCCCCUUGCGGCGUCGCUGGCACCGCCGCAAACCAAGCUACCCCGUCACCAAGUGGGCCAUAUCAAACCCACACCCAUCACCUUCUACGCGCUUUCCGUCGGGGCCCGGAUCCGGAGCAGGACCAGGGGGACUACCUGCUCACCCAGCACCCUACCGCGCUACCACAAGUACCACCGAUCCCCCGCUCAUAUCGCCAAAGAACAACCCCGUCCACCAGCGCGGACCAUCAUACGACUUGAACGCCGCCUCCACGCCCCACACGGCUUCCUCCUCGUUCAUGAUGGCGGCGUCCUCAGAGGACAGCCCCGGCUAUUACUACAGUCCCACAUCGCCCCCUAUAGGCUGGGUGACGUCGCCUACUACUACUAUGGAACAACAACAUGGGAGAAGGAAGAGAAAAUGGCCUCGGGGUGGUGGUUACUACAGCCCGGAACCGGGUAAGCAGUUGGUGGACAGCGACGCAAUUUGGAAUUGA